AUGCGUUACUGCGUUACCUGUAAAGAAACGAUUAAUCAUGAACAAGAAAUACUUUUGAUUAUGACGAACACUGAAGAAGAUAAAAAUAUAAAAUUUUCCUCAUUAGACUCAUCGUCGAUGAAGUUUAAAUCACGUAUGAUAGAUUUUAAUCUUCGUCUUGAUCGUCUUGAACGUGCUUUACAACACAGACAAUUUCAACGGACAAUUCAACGCUAUAAGGAUGUGCCGAUCACUACAAUAACAUCGCCAUUACGAUCAUCAAUUGAGAAGAGUACAAAUCUGACAAAACAAGUAACAAAACUAAAUGAUGAUUUGACAAAUCCUGAUCAUUAUACAACAGACAAUGCUCGUCCGCCAUUUACUUAUAAACAAUUAAUUAGACAAGCCAUCUUUGAAUCACCAAAAAAUGAACUAGCAGUAAAACAAAUUUAUGAAUGGUUUCAACAACAAUUUAUUUAUUAUAGAAAAAGUACACAAAAAUGGCAGAAUGCUGUACGAAGUUGUUUGGCGGCAGAAAGAUGCUUUAAACGUGUUCGAGAUACUGUAUGGACUAUAGAUGAAAGAAAAUUUUUAGAACGUAGAAGAUCGACUAAGACUGUGCAAUUAUCAUCAACACAAAGUGUUCAACAAUCGUCGAUAUCAACUGACCAUUUAUUUGCGGAAAAAAGUAAUUAUUCACAAGAACUAAUCGAUUCAUCGCCAAAUUCUACACUGUCAAUUACGGAGGAUAUUUAUGAAAAUUCUGGAUUCAGCAAUGGCGAAAUUAUUAAUUACGAUCAAACAUCUAGCCCUAAUACCUAUUUUUCGUCAGCAACAAAAAUUUUAUCAAUAAAAUGUGAACCGGACACGAGCAGUAACCAUGAAUUAUCACUAUUACCAUCUGAAAAUUAUUGUCAAGAUUUGUUGAAAUAUGAGUAUGAUGAAAAUGAAAGAAUGAAUGACUUUAGUAUCAAAACAUUAGCAACAGCAAACGAUCACGAUCAAAGUGAACAUUUUGCGGAGCUAUCAUCCUAUCCAGUCUUAGUAAUUGAGUCAGCAUGUUCUUGCACUAUCGACAAUACGCCAAGUUCAGACGAUGAUUUAGAUGCCUGUGAUCUAAGGACAUCUUUUCCUAAGAACUCAGAAUCAAUAAAUACAAUAAAUAUGGAUAAAAUACCCUCACCAGUCGAUCUUAAUAAUGUUAGUUUCGAUCAAUUAAAACUAUUAUAUCUUGAAUGUGUUGAAAAAUUGAAGCAGAAUCAAACUAUUAUUGAUAACAUGGAUGUAAACACAGAAGCAGUACAAUCGAAAAUAAUCGAAACCACAAUUACUACUCAAGCAGAGAAAUCCUGUUUUCAACCAAUAAAACGUAGGGAAACAAACAACCCAGGUCAAAGAGUCACGACCGUAUACUAUAGUAUUUCGUCGUAUUUUGACGUAAACCCGGCCAACGUAUUAUGUCCAUCGUAA